AUGAAGGAUUUGGGUGAUCUUCAUUAUUUUCUCGGCGUUGAAGUCCAUGCUAAUGAGAAGGGUCUGUUUCUUAGUCAAACAAAGUAUGCUCUUGAUCUCUUGCAACGUGCUUCUAUGAUUGACACCAAGCCUAUUUCUACACCUUUUGUCAUUGGUCAGCAUCUAUCAGCCGAAGGGACGCUGUUCUCCGACCCUACUCUGUUUCAUUCUCUUGCCGGUGCUCUUCAAUACUUGACUAUCACCAGGUCUGAUUUGUCCUUCAGUGUAAAUUCUAUUUGCCAGUACAUGCAUGCUCCCAUCGAGGACCAUUUCCGUGCUCUCAAGCGUAUUUUGCGCUAUGUUAAAGGCACUGUUCAUCAUGGACUUCAACUUCAUAAACAUUCCACUUGUGAUCUUCUUGCCUAUUAUGAUGCGGACUGGGUUGGAUGUCCUAAUACACGCCGUUCUACUAGCGGCUAUGCUAUUUUCUUUGGCGCCAAUUUAAUCUCUUGA